AUGGAUCUAAGUAAAACAUUAAUUACCGAGAAAUCGAAUAAUUCAAAUAUUAGUGAAUCACUCAUCGAUGGAGAGACUACUUUUGAAUCGAUGUGUCUCGAUAUGAGAAUCAUUAAAGCAGUUAAAAAGAUUGGUUAUGAACAUCCAACGCUAAUUCAAGCAAAAUCUAUACCUCUAUCACUUCAAGGAAAAGAUAUACUUGCAAAAGCUAGAACUGGUAGUGGAAAGACUGCAGCCUACACCAUACCUAUCGUUCAAAAGAUUUUAAUGGCAAAACAAAAUACCAAAAUUCCAAGCAGUAAAGGAGCAGGUGUUAAAGCAGUUAUCCUCGUUCCAACCAAAGAACUUUGUGAACAGGUACAACAAAAUUUACUUCAAAUCUGUUUCUAUUGUACACAUCUUAUCAAUGUUGUUCAUCUUGGUAGCGAACAAUCAGUCGAUGAACAAAGAGGAAUGCUCAGAGAUGUACCAGAUAUCAUCAUUUCGACACCAACCAGAUUGGUCAAUCAUCUAAAGAAUCAAAACAUCAAAUUAGACAUGUCACUCGAAAUGUUGGUCAUUGAUGAAGCCGAUCUCGUAUUGUCAUAUGGCUACCAAGAAGACAUCCAAACCAUUAAAUCUUUUCUUCCAAAAGUUUGUCAAGGAUUUCUCAUGUCUGCCACCCUUACUCCCCAAGUUGAUGAACUUAAAAAACUUAUUCUUCAUACUCCUGCAAUUCUAAGAUUAGAAGAAGAUCAAAGUGAAAAGACAAAUCUUACAGAGUAUUCAAUCAAGACUGUUUCAUUUGAUAGAUAUCUAUUAAUUUUUACAUUGUUGAGAUUAAAAUUGAUGCAAGGAAAGAUUUUGUUUUUUGUCAAUGACACUUUCCAAUGCUACAAACUCAAAUUAUUCCUCGAACAAUUCCACAUCAGAGCUGCUGUACUAAACUCUGAAUUACCAAUCAAUUCAAGACAUCAUAUCAUUUUACAAUUCAAUAAGGGUAUCUAUGAUUAUUUGAUCGCAACCGAUGAAUCAUUUAAAUCAACAAAGUCGGAACUUAAAGAUUUUGAUGAAAUCGAUUCUGAAGAAGAAAAUGACCAAGAUGAUGUUUCUCAAGAUGAAGAAGAAGAAGAUAAUGAUGAAGACGAAGAAGAUAAUGAUGAAGACGAAGAAGAAGAAGAAGAAGAAGAAGAUCAAGAUAGUGAUGAGGAGAACCAAGAUCAAGAUAGUGACGACGAGGUUCAAGAGAUUCCAGAAAAGUCUACAUCUAAAAAAUCAAUUCAAGUUAAAGAAGAACCAAAAGAAAGCGAAGAAGAGCAAGAAGACGACGAGGAAAGUGAAAAUGAUGAAGAUUCCUUCUUUAGCAAAGGUGAAGAGAUGGAAGUCAAGGAAGAAGAGGAAGAAGAAAAGGACCGUAAACCAUCGAAAUUGGCUGACAAGGAAUAUGGUGUUGCUAGAGGAAUAGAUUUUAAGAAUGUUGAUAUUGUUAUAAACUUUGAUUUCCCUAGAACCUAUAAAAAUUAUGUACAUCGUGUUGGUAGAACAGCUAGAGGUAAUAGUAAAGGAGUGGCAUUGUCAUUUGUAACCAAGAGAAACGAGCCACUUUUAAAAAAGAUUCAAAGAAAGAGAGCUGAACACGGUUACAAUGUCAAGCCAUUUGAAUUCAAGAUGGCCACUAUCGAAGGAUUUAGAUAUCGUGUCGAAGAUGUUCUCAAUAGUGUCACCAAAAAUACUAUUUCCAGAGCAAGAAAGACUGAACUCGAGCAAGAAAUUAUUAAUAGCGAGAAACUCAAGAACCAUUUCAAGGAAAACCCAAAAGAUUUAGAAAUUUUAAAGCAUGAUAUCCCAUUGACAAGAAAACACGAUCUCAAGGAGCAUCUUGGCUAUAUUCCAGAGUAUCUUGUUCCAGAUGCUCUCAAAAAGACUGUCAAUGGAAAAUCUUCUUCUGGCAAGUUACCAAUCAUUAAAUCUGGUCGUGGCAACAGCAGCAACAACAACAACAACAAAAAUAGACAAUCACAAAACAAAAAGAGAAAAGGAAACUCUAGUGGUGGUCCAGUUAAAUUGUCUCAAAAGGAUGUAAACAAAUUUAAAGGUGAAUCAACAACAACAACAGCAGCAACAUCAGGUAAUAGACAAGUAAAGAAACAAAAGAAAUAA